GAAUUUGGGAAAAUGGCGUAAAAUUUACUCAAGCAAUUCAUUUAUAUAACGAAUCGGCGGCAUUUAUGCUAUUGAUUCCAACAAUGUUUCGAAGAAAUGUCCCUUUAAUCAAAGAUAUAAAUAAAAAAUAUUUGGAUAAUAAGGAUUGGAUAUAUCAAGAAUUAGACAGAAUCGUUUCCGAAAAGCAACAAGAAAUUGAAAAUACACCUUUGGGUCAGCCUCUUGAAUCAAAUAUUUUAACUUUGCUACUUACAACAAAUACGGAAAGAGAUUUGGACAAAAUUUCUGUCGGUACAUUUGAUAGACCUUUAACUAAAGAUGAAGUAAUUUCAAUAUUACGUGAAGUAUUUACCGGUGGAUUGGAUACUACUUCAAAUUCUUUAUCAUUCAUUAUUUUCUAUCUUGCUAAACAUCGUGAUGUUUACUUAAAAAUAAGACAAGAAGUAUUAGAUGUUUAUGGCACACUUGACAAACCUGUACUUACAUUGGAAUCAUAUAGAAAUCUCAAAUAUGUAGAAGCCGUGAUUUAUGAAGGUAUCCGCAUUUUUCCUACAGUAUCAAUUAUACCGCGUGCCGCAACUGAAGAUAUUGAAUUUGAUGGAUUUACAAUUAAAGCUGAUACAACUGUUUAUGCUGACUUAUUUGCGUUAAAUCAUAAUCCUAAAUACUUUAAAGAUCCGGAAAUUUUUAAUCCUGAUAUAUUCUUAACUGAUAAAGAAUCAUUUACUAAAUACACUUAUCUUCCUUUUGGGAAUGGU